UCUGUGACGUCAGUGUCUUCCCUUCCCGCCUGAAACAGAAACGGAGGUAGAAGAGCUAUCGACUCGUUAGCUUCAUACAUUGCACAAUGGAUGACCUUUACUUGGAUAAUAUUGAUGAAUUUGUCAACGACCAGAAUAAAAUCGUGACCUACAAAUGGCUGAGUCUCACCCUUGGGGUCCAUGUCAACCUAGCCAAACAAAUGCUCUACCAUUACUUGGAUCAAAAGAGGAAAGAAGGCUCUGCUCGGCUCCAUGCUACCUACCUUGUGUCUGGCAAGUUUGUUGAGAAUGGUACCACGAGUCACAAGGUGUCAGUAGUGCGAGAGGAUCAGCUGGAGGAUGCGAAGUCAAAGAUGAGCCUGACGGUCAGCGUACAUGUGUACAGUGUUCAGAAGGCUGUGCUGAAAGACAGUGGUCCUCUGUACAGUGCUGAUUAUGACGCUGUGAAAGAGAAUCUAAGAAAUUGCAGCAGGUACAGUGCAAUUCGUUGUGCUGAUGCAGUGCCUAGGUCCUCGGCAGAGGUGCAGCUGGCCUGUGAGACGACACAGGCCCCACCACCAGAGACGGAGCAAAUCAAAGCAAACCAUUCUAAUCUGGCCUCUAAACCCACCUCUAAGCAACCCAAAGGCAUUAUGGGAAUGUUUGCAAACAAGAAUGUCUCCAAGAAUCAAGAUUCAAGCAAAGAGAUUAAAUUGGAGCAGAAAGAGGUUACACCUGUGGUUGAGACCUCCAAAACUAAACCUGCUCCGAAAACAAAUCCUGUGACUAACUUCUUUGCGAAACAAGCAGCCAAAAAACCUGACAAAUCCAUCAAGGAAGAGGUAGAAAUAGCCCAGACAUCCUCCUCAGUGGAUGAGAAGCCCACAAGUCCACCUCCUAAAGCAGACACUCCUGUCAAGGAGGAAUUAGCAAAGGAUGCUGUGGUUGAGAAAGAUACAAGUAAGACCAAGCGUCUUGAACAUUCUGAUAGUGAAGAGGAGAAGAACGAGAGUCGGAGGAAGAAGAGACGGAGGAUAAAGAAGCCCGAGCCAGACAGUAGUGACGAUGAGGUUAUUCCAGACUCUCCUCCACAGUUGCAAGAAAAGAGGGACCCAUCACCAAGUCCUGAGAUUCAAGUAAAGAAAGAACCAGUUGCUGUUUCACAUUCAGAUGAGCUUUCAGAUUGUAAACGAAGGAAGAGGAGACGUGUCCUGAAAUCGCGCACAUUUGUGGAUGACGAAGGAUGCAUUGUGACCGAGAAAGACUAUGAGAGUGAAUCCUACUCCGAGACUGAGGAUGACUUUAAGUUCAGUCAACCAACUCCGAAGAAUCCAAACCCACCAAAGCCAUCAACUGGCAAAAAAGAGGAGGAGAAGAAAAGUAAGAAAGCUGCUGCAGCCUCUAAUAAAUCUACUAAGCAGGCUUCUAUUAUGGGAUUCUUCCAGAAGAAAUGACAGACCUACUCAUGUUGUUGCACUGAACACUGAUAAGGAGCUUGAGGCCCAAGUGAAGAGAAUCUAGACGGACACAUUUUCAAACGCUCCAGAGGAUGGAUGGAUGUUCUAUCAUUUGGCAACAUUUGGUAGAAUGCUCUACAUUUUUUUAAAUCACACUUUUCAAUCAAUUUCCACAUUACUGUAUACGAUUGAAUAAAUAUAUCCACUUGCAUUGUAAAGUACCAUCAGAGCUCAUUUAUCAUGGCAGCAUUUAUAUUUGGUUUUUACGUUUAGUUUACAAUUCUGCAAGUAUUGAAGGGUUCAUGGUGUGGUGAACCCGUACAAAACCAACAAACAUGUCUAUGAUGCUGUUUUUUUGCUGGUAGAAUAUGUUCUUCAAUGUUUGAACGUGUAUGUUCAUUAAAUCUAUUUUCAUA